AGUGAAGUGCCCUUUGGCCGUAGUACGAGCAACUUUCGAACGAUACCUUUCAUCUCGAAGACCGACCAGACGAUCCGAUUAAAAUUCUGUCAUUUUCUGUGAGACAUCAUUUACGAAGCGACAUCGAUUAUGGUAGUAUUGAGUCGCGUUGGUUCGCCGACGAUGUCAGCGACUGUCGCCGGUAAUCAACAACAACAUCCUCAUCAGGAAUGGGAUAUCAAUGACUCGAAUGUUCCAAGGGUCGUGGAAUACGAUCCGUGGUGCGAAUGGGCGGAUGGCCACGUACGAAGGGUAUAUGGACCGGAUUGCGAAGAAGCAAGAAGACAUGCAUCUGGCUGGGCUAUGAGAAAUACAAACAAUCACAACGUCAGUAUCCUUAAAAAGUCUUGCCUCGGAGUUUUGGUCUGCUCGCAGGAAUGCAUAUUGCCUGGCGGUGGAAGGGUACAUCUACGACCGGCGAUUUGCGACAAGGCUAGAAAGAAGCAACAAGGUAAACCCUGCCCAAACAGACAAUGCACUGGCCGCUUAGAAAUUUUGUCCUGCCGCGGCCAUUGCGGUUAUCCCGUUACUCAUUUCUGGAGACACACCGAACACGCGAUAUUCUUCCAAGCUAAAGGACAACACGAUCAUCCACGACCAGAAGCGAAAUCUACUUCCGAAGCUAGAAGAAGUGUAGGCGCUGGCAAGAGGGUCAGAGGAUUAGCGGUUUUACUCGCAAGAGAGGCUGCUUUAGGUUCCAAGUUAAUGUCACUAAGAGGAACGAAAAGAACAAAUACUGAUCCAGUUGAACAACCUCCAAGAACUACAGCACCACCGCCAUUAAUCUCAGACAAAGGAUAUUCCUGUUCCUGUCCCCCAUUCGAAUGCAUGUGUGCCAUGCAAACAAAUUCAUCGUAUCAGCAUCAACAUCACCAAACUACGAUUUAUAAUCAGCAACAACCAUCGAAUGAAUCAUACUGGUUACCUGAUACGAUACCGAUACAAGAUAAUACAGUAGGUUAUUGCCUGCCAAAUCAAAUACCGCAGGAAGCAUCCUAUCCAGAAUUUCCAACGUUUAGCAGCGAUCUCUUCCAACCGGAAGAAAUCUUCCAACUAGACCAACCGCUACGACCAGACUUUCCAACAAAUUCUCAAGACAUAGCAAGAUCACCGCCGACUCUACUCGACUUGGGAAGUGGUACUAUCAAAUACGAAGUCAAGCAGCACAAUCAAGAACAAACAUACUGGAACCAAUUUUUGAGCGAAGAUUCUAGCAGCAGUCAUCUUAGCAUUCCUCAAGACGAGAGACUUCAAUUUCCUGCUUUUGACACAGUCAAGGAUACAGGGUUCGCUUCAAGGAAACCAUUGAAUCAAUAUAUUUCCGAAAAAAAUCAAAAUCAUCCUCUCGAGGAUAAUUUAAACUUCCAAGGAUAUGAUCGAACGCAAACUCCGAAACCUUUUACAAACGAUCGUAUUAUAAAGAACGAUCAGGAUCAUCAGCCCUAUUGGAAUCAGUCUCAUCUGGACGAGCGACUUCAUUUCCCUGGUUUCGAUUCACAUAAAGAAAAUAUUUUGUCGUCCAGAAGAGACAUAGAUUGUUUCAAAGACUGUCAGAGCAAUAUGAUCGACAGAUCAAAUUAUGGAAAUUAUCAAAGACCGAAGAACGACAUGGCUCUGACUGAUCCUAAUCGUUCAGAACGCAGUCCGGUUUCUGAAAACAGAAAUCCGUAUUCGUUCGACGGCUAUCAAGUAUUUGAGGACUCGAACUCAAAAAAUCAUCAAUCGAUCGUUCGACCAUCUCAUCCGAGAUCGAAUCACAUCGGUCUUGACGAAAGAUCUCAAAACGUUUAUGGAACGCACGAGAUGAAUCCUGAAGUCACCGAAAGACUUUUUCCUGAAGCUUCGUCCAUCGAGCCAACCGUACAACCUCAAAAUAGCCCCGAACAUUUCUUCUACUCCACCAACGAUCGUUGUCAUUACACGUGCGAAGUUCUUGAUAACAGAUUGCCUCAGAUGACGAUGACAAAUGCAGCUCCUGUUCAUCAUCCUGUAGUUAAUGGUUACAGUGACGUCGCUGAUAUCGAUCUCCCACCUUUCGUAGACUAUACUCUAGUUGGGAUGCUGUGCAGUUCUACAGAGGAGGAUACAACGACAAGUAUGAUGACUGGUUGUCCUUCGAAUUCUCAAGCUUUCGUUCCUCAUCACUAAAAAAAGAAAGAAAGAAAGAAAAGUAACACGUUCCUUCGUCCGACAUAUGAAUUUGUAUUGUAAAUAAAUAUAUUACGUUAGUUGCACCAAGAAUAACUGUGCAAUAGA